ACUCUGGCUGCCACCGCUGCUCUGGGGGUGUCUGGGACACAGGACGAUCCCAGGCUUCUCCUGGGGUGUGGGCAGUUCCGCCUUCCAGACGGAGGGAGCCUGGGACCAGGAUGGGAAAGGGCCCAGCAUCUGGGAUGCCUUCACUCACAGUGGGAAGGGAAAGGUGCUUGGGGAUGAGACAGCCGACGUGGCUUGUGAUGGUUACUACAAGGUGCAGGAGGACAUCGUCCUGCUCAGGGAGCUGCACGUGAGCCACUACAGAUUCUCCCUGUCUUGGCCUCGGCUCCUACCUACCGGUGUCCGAGCUGACAAGGUGAACAAGAGGGGAAUCAAGUUCUAUAAUGAUUUCAUCAACGCCCUCCUGAAGAGCAACAUUACCCCCAUCGUGACCUUGCACCACUGGGAUCUCCCGCAGCUGCUCCAGGUCAAGUGCGGCGGCUGGCAGAACGUGAGCAUGAUCAGCUACUUCCGCGAUUACGCCGAUCUGUGCUUUGAGGCCUUUGGGGACCGGGUGAAGCACUGGGUCACUUUCAGUGACCCUCGGACGAUGGCAGAGAAAGGCUAUGAGACGGGCCACCAUGCUCCAGGCCUGCAACUCCACGGCACGGGCCUGUACACAGCAGCACACCACAUCAUUAAGGGUGGACUUCAAAGGCCCUGGGGUUGUGGAAGGAGAAAGAGUUUGCAAGCAGUAGUAAUAAAGAACAAGAUGGACACUACCCACGACCGUGAGGCCCACGCCCAAGCCUGGCAUUCCUACAACAGCACGUGGCGUGGCAAGCAGCAAGGUCUGGUGGGGAUCUCACUAAAUUGUGAUUGGGGGGAACCCAUGGACAUCAGUAGCCCCAAGGACAUAGAAGCUGCCGAGAGAUACCUACAGUUCUGUCUGGGCUGGUUUGCCAACCCCAUCUAUGCUGGAGACUACCCUCAAGUCAUGAAGGACCGGAUCGGGAAAAAAAGUGCAGAGCAAGGCCUGGAUAUGUCAAGGUUACCAGUGUUCUCACUCCAGGAAAAGAGCUACAUUAAAGGCACAUCUGAUUUCUUGGGAUUAGGCCAUUAUACUACCCGGUACAUCACAGAAAGGAACUACCCCUCCCGCCAGGGGCCCAGCUACCAGAACGAUCGUGACUUAGUAGAACUGGUUGACCCCAACUGGCCUGAUCUGGGGUCAAAGUGGCUGUAUUCUGUGCCAUGGGGAUUUCGGAGGCUCCUCCACUUCGCUCAGACUCAAUACGGCAAUCCUCCCAUCUACGUGACAGAAAACGGUGCGUCUCAAAAGUUACACUGUACGCAAUUAUGUGAUGAGUGGAGAAUUCAGUACCUUAAGGGCUACAUAAAUGAAAUGCUAAAAGCUAUAAAAGAUGGUGUUAAUAUAAAAGGGUAUACUUCCUGGUCUCUGUUGGAUAAGUUUGAAUGGGAGAAAGGAUACUCAGAUAGAUAUGGAUUCUACUAUGUCGAAUUUAACAACAGAAAUAAGCCACGCUACCCAAAGGCGUCAGUUCAAUAUUACAAGAAGAUUAUCACUGCCAAUGGGUUUCCCAACCCAAGAGAGGUGGAAAGCUGGUACCUCAAAGCCUUGGAAACUUGUUCUAUCAACAACCAGAUGCUUGCUGCAGAGCCUCUACUAAGUCACAUGCAGAUGGUGACAGAGAUCGUGGUACCUACAGUUUGCACCCUGUGCAUACUAAUAUCUGCUGUUCUCCUGCUGCUCCUGCUUCGGGGCCAGAGCUGA